GGCGAAAACCGCGUUCUGCUGCAAGAAGGACGACAAGAUGGUGUGCAAGACGCAAGGGCAAGACAGCAAAGACGCGUGCAAGGCGAAUGGAGGGGAGGUUACAUCGGAGGCUUGUAAGGAUGCGUCGAAGAAGUCGUGCAAAAAACAUUUCAAAAAGUAGAAAUAAAACUAGUGACGAGGAUUCAUUCUUGAAAUGCGAAACUGUUGACGAACUUAUGGCGUCUGUCUUGUAGUCCCAAUAUCAAAUCAAAUGACCUUCGAAGAAAUCAAGUGACAAUAACCAAUUGACCAGGAGAUUAAAUAGCAGAAUUACUUACAAGCACAACGUGAGCGACGUCUGAAGUGACACGAAGAAAAAAUGUUAAUGUUUGAAAAAAUAAUGCACCUACUUUUAAUGUUUUUGUUACCCUCUUGCCCGUUGUAUCGUACAAGGAAAACUUUUGUGUGUGAUGAUUGCCCGAUUGUAAAUGUUGUUAUUAAAUUUUCUUGUUGCCAAAGAACCACGUAAAUUAGCACCAACUUCUUUUGUACCUACACUAACCAGUAAAAGAAGCAGAAGAAGCACUCGCCCAGUAACUGCAAAUCGAAAAAACGUCUUCCACCUGCGGCCCGGAGGAAAGGUUACUUGAGCAAAUGUUGAUGCCUGCCAAACUCAUCAUGCAUAAUUGUAGCGCUGCUCUUCCUAUCUUUUACAACCGAUUAUCAUUGAAACAUUUGUAUCGUCUGUUGUACGAGUAGGAAUUGCUUAUGCUGCAGGCCCGCUUUGACUCAGCAACAGCAUGAGAAAUGCCAAAUACCGGAAGUAACGGUCGUACAAGAAAGGGAAAGGCAGUACUAGUGCAGCAGAAGAGCUUUGUUUGCAGUGGUCUUGUCCGUAAAACGAAACUUUGAUUUCCCACUUUGCUUUUACCCUUUCUUUGCUG